UCAGAGAUUAAAAACUCAAGCGUAGUAUCCGGAGAGACAAGGUCGGAAACGGGAGUUAGGUCGGAAUUUUCCCUGCGAAAAUGAACGUCUUGAAAUCAAUAAAAUCACUCAUUCCGAGCUCCUUACCCAAAAACUUCCGGAGCAUCAUUGGAUUCCCGGGUCUAACGCUUAAAUCAUGUAAAGAGCACGUUUCUGUGUUGCCAGUGCACUUUUUCACCAUUGGUGGUGGUGUUGUUUGUGCUCUAUAUCUGUUGACGAUGGCGUCUUACAAGGACACAAGUUUAUCCCAGUAUUCACAAGCAGAUAUUUCGCCCAGUGAUAAAGCUCCUAUAUACAUUUCCCCAACACGAACUGACUUACAAGGACAGAAAAUGCCUGAAGCUAAACCAAAACUGUUGGAGGAAUAGAUAGUGAAGAUUAUGAGUGCUUUUGGUUGUUUAUUUUUAUUUUUCUCAACUCAAAAUUAAACCGGUACAUAAAGACUUUUCAAGACUGAUAUUCUAUGAUAAAUAUUACCUCAUGUUAUAUUUUGGCAUUGACAUGAAUUUAUCUUUUUGAGUUUUAUUUUGUUUGAAACAGCUUAAAAUUAGGAUUUGAAUGUGUGAAAGUUAAUAGAACAACAUUUAUAAGAUUUUUGAAAGGUUUUGUCGAACUUGUUGAAAACAGACUUGAUAAAUAAAUAUAUGUAAAAA